UGAAAGAUGAUAACCAGUCAGACUGCUCAAUGACAGAGACGUUACGGCGACACACAAAAAAGACGCACUAAUAGAAAAUAUUACAAACUAUUCUACUUUGGUGUACUUUAGUGACGUUGAUUUAUUAUCAUUACGUAGGUUAUAUUACGUUUACUCAUAUUUGCUAAUCCCAAUCAACUCGGUUUGUUUCAGCGUGUGCACGCAAACUGCUGGAUAAAGACCUCACGUCUAUGCUCAUAUACAUCAGAUAUACACAGAUCUAGACACAAAUCUAUAUUUAUAAAACUUGGACUUAUUAUAAUAAUCAUAUUUAAAAAAAAAUCUUCAAGCAACAACACAGUCAUGGAGAGGAGGCCCUGCUGCUCAUUGUUAGUUUUGGUACUAAUGGCAUCUGUGGCUUUGAGCUUGAUAGGAUACAAGCACAUUCAAACGGACGUAUUAAAGAAAAUAACAUCUGAAUUGAUGUUUUCGGAGACGAGUGAAAGGAGAACAAACUUAGAUUUAACAAAUUUAAAUUUAGAAUUUCAAAACAAGAAGCUGGAGGUGGACAUCAUACAGAAGGAUUUUCAUGACCUUGAUGUCGAGAUAAAGAAAAUGGUUUUGGAUCAGCAGAAAAUGGCAGAGGAGGUUAAAGCAUGCCAGGGUUCAUUGGCCACAAUAAAUGAGAAUAUUGCAGGUGUGGAGAAGGAGAAAGCUGACGUUGAAGGUAAUUUUGCUGCUUCUAAGACAAAGUGGACUGAAGUUAUGACAAACCUCCAAAAGAAACUCCAGCAGCCCAGUCCAGUAUGUGCCCAUUUGAAAAUGGGCACAGAUGCAAACGGACAAUGCCCUAAAACAGUAAUGCAAAACACCACGAAGCAAGAAAAUAAGAAGUCUUAAUUUAAGAGUUUUAUCAAAGGAUUUUCAGAAACAGAUUUGCAGGCACAUUUUCAAUAGAAAACCCUUCGUAAACACAAGUGUGCUGUACUGUGUGCACAUCUCUGUAGUUUCCCCUGGCCUGUGCUUAAACUUUGUAUAAUUACUGAAUGAUGUAUAUAUUAACAAUAAUCGUCAAGUACUUUGGAUUAAAGCAUCUGCUAAAAAAAUAAAGGUAUACCAGUAAGGAGAUUUUUUAAAGAUGAAUAAUAUGCUUUAGUUAAAAUAUUUUUGAAGAGGAGGCACUCUGAUACAUUUUUUUAUUAAGCUUGAACGUUGUUUUUAUAUUCAAAAGCACACUUUGUCAGUGCAUGUUAAGACUUAUUUUUUAUAUGAUGUUCUGUUUUUAUUGGGAUAUGUCAACAACAAUAAAAUUGC